GAGGGCGGGGCCCCGAGGGACGGAGGGAGAGUGCGACAGAGCGGGGGGGCCCCAGGCCCGAGUGGCCGACUUUGGGGCCGUUCCGUUUCUUACGCCUUCGGAAGGAUAUGCGGGUGCCCAUGGCUUUGCAGGGCAUCUCGGUAGUGGAACUGGCCGGCCUGGCCCCGGGCCCGUUCUGCGGUAUGGUCCUGGCGGACUUCGGGGCGCAGGUGGUGCGUGUGGACCGGCCGGGCACCCGCGGCGACCUGAGCCGGAUGGGCAGGGGCAAGCGCUCGCUGGCCGUGGACCUGAAGCAGCCGCGGGGAGCGGCGGUGUUGCGGUCGCUGUGUGCCCGGGCGGAUGUGAUGCUGGAGUGCUUCCGCCCUGGUGAGCCCCAGAUCCCGACGCUACGCGAGACCGGACGAGGGACGCUCCCCGAAGAAGGGAGGCCGCCGGGCAUUUGGGGUGUGAUGGAAAAACUCCAGCUCGGCCCAGAGAUUCUGCAGAGGGAGAAUCCAAAGCUUAUCUACGCCAGGUUGAGUGGAUUUGGCCAAUCAGGAAGAUUCUCUAGGGUAGCAGGACAUGACAUCAACUACUUGGCUUUGUCAGGUGUUUUAUCAAGAAUUGGCAGAAGUGGUGAGGCUCCAUAUGCCCCGCUGAAUCUCCUGGCUGAUUUCGGUGGGGGUGGCCUCAUGUGCGCACUGGGCAUCCUGAUGGCGCUGUUUGAACGCACACGCUCUGGCAAAGGUCAGGUCAUUGAUGCAAACAUGGUGGAAGGAACAGCAUAUCUCAGUUCUUUUCUGUGGAAAACCCAACAAACAGGACUGUGGGGACAGCCUCGUGGACAGAACAUGUUAGAUGGUGGAGCGCCUUUCUACGCAACCUAUAGGACGGCGGACGGCGGGUUCAUGGCUGUUGGCGCAUUAGAGCCCCAGUUCUAUGAGCUGCUGCUCAGGGGACUUGGGCUAAAGUCUGAUGAACUUCCCAGUCAGAUGAGCAUAACUGAUUGGCCAGAAAUGAAGAAGAAAUUUGCAGAUAUAUUUGCAAAGAAGACAAAGGCAGAGUGGUGUCAGAUCUUUGACGGCACAGAUGCCUGCGUGACUCCUGUUUUGACUUUUGAAGAGGUUACCCAUUGUGGUCACCACAAAGAUCGGGGCUCAUUUAUUAUUGAUAGUGAGCAGGAUGUGAGUCCCCGCCCUGCACCCCAGCUGUCCAACACCCCAGCUGUCCCUUCGUCCAAAAGGGAUCCUUUUGUAGGAGAACACACUGAAGAGAUACUCAAAGAGUUUGGCUUCAGCCAGGAAGAGAUCAGUCAGCUUAAGUCAGAUAAAAUUAUUGAAAGUAAUAAACCAAGAGCUAAUCUCUAACUUCUAAGCCCCACAACUCAAAUAAAUUUGAAUAUUGCCUUUACAGUAUAGAGUAAUGCAAAAAAUUGUAUGCAUGGAAACAUGAAAA